UCCGGAUAUUUUUUUUUGUUUGAACCAAAGGUUUUGUUUUGUGCGAGGUUUAGUGAUAUAUUUUGUUGGUGUUUGUAAUAGCAGUUGCUGAAACAACCCGCGUUUUUUUUAGUUGAUAAUAAUCGUAUUUAGAGUAUGAAAUGUCCGAGGCUGGUGCUUCAAAAUUAACCGCUGCAGAGCGAGCACGAAUUGCACGCAAUCGUGAAAAGGCUCUACAGAUACGUGCAACUAAAACUGGAAAACUAACCGCCCAGCAUCCGUACGCUCGGGAAACUGGCGAUGGCAAGAAAGUGAUUAAAAUCCAAGGAAACAAGUUUGUCGAUAGCGGCGGUGGAUUUCUCAUUGAACAGCCAUUGCUUCAAAACGAAAACGGACCCAACGAUCCGGCUGAAUCGACAGCAUCAGCUGUUGUGGAUGAAGCACUUCAAAUUCCUGUUGUAUACCAAACAUGCUUGGACUGCAGCAAGGAAUUUGUUGAGUCAUAUCUGAUGACACAUUUUAACUACUUGGUCUGUGAUGCAUGUCGAGACAGUGAAGAGAAGCAUUCGUUGAUAACGCGAACAGAGGCCAAAACCGAGUAUCUGCUGAAGGACUGCGAUUUGGAUAAACGAGAACCGAUCUUGAAAUUUAUUCUGCGCAAAAAUCCGCACAACGUCCGUUGGGGUGACAUGAAAUUGUAUUUGCAUUUGCAAAUCGAGCAACGAGCAUUGGAAGUUUGGGGAUCGGAGGAGCAGUUGAUCAAGGAGCGUGAAGAAAGGGACGAGAAACGGGAUAAGGCUAAGCUGAAAAAGUACAACAAAAAUCUGAAACAGCUACGGAUGGAGGUUCGAAGUAGUUUGUUCGAUCGGACAUCGGCGGGCCCGCACAAGCAUGUCUAUGGCGAAGAAACGUACAAUGAAGAGAACGAUGACUACACCCAUUCCUGCAUGGAGUGUGGAUUUAGCGAAACGUAUGAGAAGAUGUGACCUGAUGAAUGGGAGUGUGAAUCGACGGAACGAUUGUAUUGUGUAAAAGACGUCGGUUUUGUGUAAAUAAAAGGGAAAUUGUAUUUCAGAAAGGCGCA